GAGGACCCAGUGCCGAAUUAAGGAAGCUCUCUCUCACACAACAAGCACGUCGCAGGAUCCCUCCCUCUGGGACACACAAUUUCCUCGUCGACAUUGGCCUCCUUCCUUCCUCGACUCGGUUUCUCUUCUCGUCGCUUGCCUCAGACCCGUUUUCGUAGAAAUCGAGCGCCUGCCGAUUUCCGAAGGCUCUGAUUAGAACUCCUGUUUUCUGUUGAAGUGAUAUUUGUUGAAUUGAUUUGAUUCUUCCCCGUUUUGUAAGGGAUCUAUUGGGCUUCUCCGAGUACAUUUGGCGAUUCGCCCCGAUUUGCAGCCGUUUGUGGUUGCGAGUUUUGUUUUUUAUAUCCAUUGCAGCUUGGUCCUGUCGCCGCGGGCUCGGGAAUGGAGUGAAAUUCCGGCCAUCGCGGAGGCCAGUCGCUAGGUCUCACGGAGAUUGGAGUGCUGUAGGUUUCAGGAUUUCUCCAAAUUAUUAGUGCCGUCGGGUUUCGAUUUAGCCUCGUGGACUCUUCGGUGAUCUUCGACCAUCCUGAUCUCAACUUGAGAGUAGCACCAGAUUAUUAAUCCUGCUUCUCUCCUUGCACUUCCUCAAUUUCUUUACGCUCAAGAAGCAGUCUGUGCACUGCCUCAGGACCAUUCGAGGGCUGUUCCACACUUUUGUUGGCACAGAGAAGGAUUUGCGAGUGUCACUCUCUCGCCCCACUUCAUCCUGGGCCGUUGUAAAUCCCCUUUUGAACCCCGAAGGCCAGCUUUGUCGGAACACUUGUGUUUGUUAGACACUGAGGACUCUUUUAAUCGAUCGAUUGCCUUCAGAGUGGGUAUAGACUUUGAUGAGGAGUUUCAGAAAUACCACUCAUCGUUCCGAUCCACGUUGUGAACAGGAAGCGCAAUGUCAUCUUUACUUGAGUUCUGAGCUCUAGCUAUCGUACUCAUCUUGUUGUUCUCGCUCCCCUGAUCCUGAGCUCCUUUACUUAUCGGAACCGCGUAGGCGGCCUCGUGAUGAUUGGGUCCGUCUGUCUGAGGAUCAAUGUCAACUAGCUGCCGGAGAUUUUCGAAACGCCUCAUGCUGAAGAUAAAGGAACUGGAAGAAAAACUCGGUUUUUUCGAAAUUGCUGUGAGACAAUGUUCUGCGUUGUUCUACGAACUGAAAAAACAGCGAUUUCAAAGUAUUGAUCAGAACUAGUCAGUAGUAGGGAACAUUUUGCAGCCAACUGGGAAUCCGUGAAAUACGACCCUAUGUCCGUACUCGGAGGAUCUAUUAAAAUUCAUGAAGGAUGAGGACGCGCUGCCUACGUAUGAGAAAACUCAGCCUGAUCCACUUGACCCGACCUUCUUAAUCGGUUGAGCUAAGUACCUCCAAGAGGACUUGCCGCAUCAAAAGAGAAGAUCACUGGCGGCAUAUUGACACUAUUGUAGCUUUCCUCGGUAGCCUCCUCAAAACCUUGAACAUGCAGAUGCCUCUCGCUCUGUAGCCGAAACAGCAGAGAUCUAUCCAUUUGCUGCCUCGUCAUCCAUAAAACAGACCUGCCAAAAGAAAGAAUAGGGAUAUAAUGGCCGAAAAAGAGGAAGAUGAUGAAGUCAAGAAGGAGUACAAUCCGAGAGGAGGAUUUGAGCAAAGCGCUUUUGACAAUUUGGAAAGAGAGUUCCAAGAUGUUUUGCAAGAGUUGCAAAAUGACAGGAGCUUGGACCGAUUUCGCGUGGAGUAUGAAAAGUUGCAUCGGGCUCUCAAAAAAUCACACGAGAGUGAAAAGAGAUUGAUUAAAAAGUGCCGGGAGCUUAAUAAUGAGAUCGUUCAAAAUGCGGCCAAAGUGCAAAAUGCGCUUUCGAUGAACGAAGAAGAUCAGAACCUGAUUAUAGCGCUGAAGCAGGAAAUUGAUAAAGCAUGGAAAAUGGUCGAUGCCUCUCAAGAGAAGGAAGCAAAAGCCAAGGAGAACAUCCAGCAUCUGAAACUGGAAAUAGCAAACUUGAGUGGAAUUGUGGAGCAAGGUGUUACUCUCACGAUGGGCAACGACACACAGGUUAACGAUCUGGAGCAAGAGAAGGAAGAGCUAUCCAGAGAGAGGGACAGGACAAUCAGCGCUCUCAUGGACGUGAAAAAAGACCUCCAAGACUGGCAGGAGAAAGCCAAGAGUGCCGAAGCAGAUAAGAUCAACCUAGAACAUGACAUUGGGGUUCUUAAGGAUCAAUUAUCCGCGAAGAGAGCCGAAUGUGACAGAGAAAUGAAGAAGAAAGAGAGGCUCGAAAGAGAGGUGAAAGAACUGAAGAACAGUCUGGACUCAAAACAAAAUGAGGUGAAAGAAAAAAUGGGAACCAUGGUGGAACAACAAGAGGUUGUGGCCAAAUUGGAGACUACUUUAAGAGAACAAAAAGCAAUCGUUGAAAAAGCUGUGAAGGAUUUCGAGCUGGCCAACCAAAAGGUCCUAAAAAUGCAAGGAGAUCUGGAAGAGCAGAUCAACAACAACACUCAGCUCUUAGCUGAGAACAGUCAAAAGCAAGUCGAACUCAAACUUAAGGAAGACGAGAUCGAGUCCUUUAAGCAGGAGAUAGUCCGAGUGAACAAGGUUAGAGAAGCGACGGUAAACAAGCUGAAAGUUGUUGAGAAACAAAAGGAAGAGGUUGAGCGUCAGAGAGAGGAUUUGACGAGCCAAACGCUAAAAUUGGAGAAAGAUGUGGAGGCCCAACGCAAGCUAGCAGAGCAAGAACGGAAACGAUUGGAAGAAUCCCUUCGAGAACGCGAUGUCCUGAACAAAAUGAAAACUCAGGCUGAAGAUCAAACACAGAAACAAGCUGACCUGGUGAAAAUAAAUGAAGUAGCAGUCCACAAUCUGGAGCUAGAGAUCAACAUGUACAAGUAUGCAGCAGUCAAACAGGACAAAGAGAUAGAGAAGCUGGAGAUCGAGCGUCAGAAAUUUGGCGCAGAGGCAUCGAAGUCAGCAACUAAUUUCAUGAAGGCCCUAGACGAGGUGAGAAACAGGGAAAUGAACAUCAUGGAACUGCAGAAGAAGUUACUAGAAGCUGAAAGUAAGAUUAAGCAUCAGCAGAAUCUCUAUGAGACGGUACGCACUGAGCGAAACCUGUACAGCAAAAACUUGGUACAAGCCCAAGACGAAAUUGAUGAGAUGAAGCGAAAGUUCAAGGUCAUGGCACACUUGGUUGAGCAGCUGAAAGAGGAGGUCACCUCCAGAGAUAAUGCUCUUAUGAAAGAGCAUGCUGAGCAUCUGAAGGUAGAGAAAGAGAGAGAAGCAUUGAAAGGUGAUCUAUCGAGGGUGAAUCGCCUCAUAACGGAAGCGGAGGCGAAGAUUACAGAGAACAUGUCUCAAAUUGAAAAUCUCAAUCACAUCAUUAGUGAAGCAGACGACGAGCAGGCUCGUCAGAAAAAGGAGAUGGAAGUGAUCAAAGGCGAGCGAGAUAUUCUGUCUACACAGCUCAUCAGGCGAAACGAAGAACUCACUUUGCUCUACGAGAAGAUAAGAAUUGAACAAUCCACGUUGCUGAAAGGGCAAAUACAAUAUCGAGAUCGUCUCGAUGAGUUACGAGUGUUGAAGAUAAAGCUGACGGAUCACAAGCGGGAGCUCGCUCUCAUGCACAGUUCGUGUAAAAACGUAGACGUGUUGAAGAAGGAAAUUCACAAUUUGGGUCGUGAAUUGAUUCAAGAGCGUACAAAGGUAAGGGCGCUGUCGGAGGAAUUGGAGAGUCCGAUGAACGUCCACCGGUGGCGGAAGUUGGAGGGGACUGAUCCCAGUAAAUACGAGAUGAUCGUGAAGAUUCAAACUCUACAAAAGCGCCUGAUACUGAAGACGGAGGAGGUGGUGGAGAAGGACCUACUGAUUCAAGAGAAAGAGAAACUUUACAUUGAAUUGAGAAACAUUUUAGCGCGCCAGCCAGGUCCAGAGGCACAAGAGCAGCUGACGAACUAUGCAAGGACGAUAGAGGAUAAAACACGGCAACUCAAAGCCAUGGCAUCCGAGCUUCAGAUGUGCCAGGUGCAUAUCGGCGACUACAAGAAAGAGAUUCAGACUCUGAACGAAGAACUCCUUCAAGCGAAAGAGAAGUAUUUUGAGCUGAGGAGAAAUGGUAAAGAAGUGCAAGUGCAGAAUGAUACGAAUAUGCCCUUACAAAGUAUAGCCCUGGGAGUAUAACCUUGAACUGCGCCUCAACACUGCUUCCAUUGUCAGUCUGAACAGGCCCAGGAACUUUUGAUCGAGAGAACCGAGGUAUGUAUAUUAAUUUUGAUACGAGAGUUGGUAGGUACUGUACUGAUUGCACUUCUGCAUACGCAGUUGGUACAGAAGAACUUGAUUGACACGCGCAUUGCAAUCUGGCUGUUUGCUGUUGGAAGCCAAGCUUUGUGCACUCAUCAGACGGGUUGAGUAGAUCGGCCAUCAGCCGAGCACAGCAGGCUAAGCACAUGAGUUGAACAAAAGUUUCGGGGGAUUUUGAGUUUACCAACCAACUGUAAGAGAAUCUGUCCCUGAUUUUCACUUUGAGACCAAAGAUGAUAUUCGUGUACAAGAUUUAUAAGGAACAUCGCUUUGAAAGCCAGUUUUCAGUACUAUCUCGGGCCUUGAUCAGAGC